ACGAUAUUUAAUAGCCGCGCCGAAGCCGUACCGCGCGCUCGUCGGCCGCCGUACACACCGCACAAUCGUCGUCCGGUCGCCGCAGCAGCCGUCAGCCGCGUUCACAACGAAAACGAUAGACGAACGUUACGCGUACGACACAAUCGUUGUUGGUUUUCCGUUUCUCCGGGACGCGUCGCGUACCGUUUUUCGCGCACAGUGCCGUCGCCUCGCGUAACGCUGCGCGCCACCAACGUCGUUUCGCGUUAUUCGUUUCUAGUGCGUUUCUAGUUUUUUUUCUUCUCCUUCCGUUUUCCCCAUCACACGUAAACCCGUUCGUGCGGACCAUGAUGGUGUUGGACUCGGGACAAGCGUCCCCGUCGUUGCGGCUGUACGCCGCGGCCGCCGCGGCCGCGGCCAACGGUUACGGCGGCGUAGCUGCUGCGACUACCGCGUCCGGCGGUGGCGGUGCCCGCGGUGGCCAGCAGUCCGGCGUCCAGAUGCCGCCGCAUCCGCUGUUCCCGCACUUUGCCGCCCGUUUCCCGCACGGUUUCGCGGCCGCGGGCCUGUCGCCGUUCCUGCAGCAGCACCACGUCGAACACGCGGCCGCGCAGCGGUACGCGAUCGCCGCCGCUGCAGCAGCGGCCGCCCGGAACGGCACGGUCGCCGGCCACAUGUCCUCUCCGGCCGUGCACCACCACCACCACUUACAUCCUAACCAUCACCGGCCAACUGCGGAAUCCGCCAAAAAGCGUCCGCACCACUUGACGCAGCAGCAACAGCACCACCAUCAGCAGCAGCAGCAGCAGCAGCAGCAGCAGCAACAGCAACAGCAGCAGCAACAGCAGCAACAGCAACAGCAGCAGCAACAGCAACAGCACCAUCGGAUUAUCAACAUGUCGGGCAAUCACAGUGAUGACAGUGCCUCCGAGAAUGGAUCGCCAAAAAAAGGAGGCGUAGACGGAGACAGUGCUGCAGGUAGUUCAGAGGACUUGGCUAACAAGCGGCGAAGGUCCAGGACGAAUUUUAACACGUGGCAGCUGGAAGAAUUAGAGCGAGCUUUUUUGGCUAGUCACUACCCCGACGUGUUUAUGCGCGAAGCUCUAGCCCUGCGACUGGACCUCAAAGAAUCCAGAGUGGCUGUAUGGUUUCAAAACCGAAGGGCUAAGUGGAGGAAAAAGGAGCACACCAAAAAGGGUCCGGGCCGGCCGGCGCAUAACGCCCACCCGGUCACCUGUUCCGGAGAGCCGAUACCCGCAGAUGAGUUGCGACGUAAGGAACGUGAACGGAGGCAGAAAAAGUUGCUCAAAAGCCUGGAAAGACAGCAGAGGAAGUUGGCGGCCAAAGGAGUGCACGUAGACCUGGACACGUUGCGCAAGGAAUGGGAGUCGCAGCAAGCCAACAACGCAGCGAAAAAACACGGCCAGAUGGAUUGCGGCGUGGGAGUUGUCGGAGCGAUGGACGGGAUCGGUGGGUCAUCGAAUGCCGGCAUGGAUCUGUCGUUCCACGACUCGUCGAGCUGCUGCAGCGGCCAGACGAGCCGGGACGAAGAGAUCGACGUGGUCGGCGAGGAGGACCACCACAGGAUGUUGCACCACCUGCACAGGCGGAGUGCGAGUACCACGUUCGACGACGAAGACGACGACGACGUAGACGAGGACGAGGACGAAGGGCUGCCGCCGUACGCGCGCGCCGCCGCGGCCGCGGCCGCCGUAGCCGCAGCGGCAGCCUCGGCCGCGACGGCCUCGUGUCGCGCGGACGACAGCUGCAGUUCGGACGACGAGUACGGCGGCGGCCGCGCGUACGGGCGGCUGCCGUUGGCCGCGGACGGCGAGUCGUCGCCACCGCCCCCGCUGCUGAACCUGACCACCACGUCGUCCACGGCCUCGGCGGACAAGAACCGUCGGCUCAACCCGUUCAGCAUCGAGUCGCUGUUGGCAGGCGGCAACCGGCCGUUCAGCAUCACGGCCGCCCACGUGAACAUCAACAACAACAAAGUAUGAGACGUGCGACCGGAUCGUCAACCGAACAACCGUAGCGCGGCCACUCUCCCGUCACACAGUUUGCACGUCACCGACGCCACAGCGCAUAAUCGUCAUCGUCACGGUCAUCGUAUGAUAUUUGUUUAUACGUUACACCAGCGGUUGCCGAACUUCGCGAGCCGUUCACCACUGGGGUAGGCACGAGCAAAAAUACUUAUGUUACGCAUUACACUGUACCGUAUCGACAAUAAUUUGCUUGUAAUAAAAAAAAAAACCGUUAUAUUUUUGUUCGCGGGAAGUUAAAAUCGUUUUCGUUUUGGGGGCCCCAAAAAAGUUCGGGAACCGCUGCGCGUUACGUCAUAGGUUCCUAAUUAUAUGUACGUAGUAGUUUAACGCGCUAGGUUUUAACAUUAUUCACAUAAAUGGUGUAAAUAUCGUAAAGAUGAAUUAUGUGGUCCUUGCAGUGAUAACCGUUUUUCAUUGGUCGGCAUUACCAUAAGUGAACUUCUUGUCCUAACCGGGGCAACACGUACGGUUUAGUCCUCUGAUCGCGCAAAGAAACCCGAUAAAACGGUGGUCGAAGUGAUCGUUUCUAAAUAUUAAAAGUCAUCAAGAACAUCGGAAACGGUACGCGGGGAACAGUUGUUAAUCGACCGUCGGUUGUCGCCGCCGCGUAUCGGUCGAACAAAACCAAAUUUCUUCCCCUCGCAUAUUGUUCCGAUCAGUUUCUGCUGCAUUAUCAUCGUUACUGUUAUUUUUAUGCUAAUAUCACCGACAUCCGUAAAUAAAUUUAAACUUCUUUCUACUCUUCCGUCACGUGGUAGCUUAUUUUCCUGUUCGAUUAUUUCUACGUUCUUAAUCAUUUUAGACGCAUAAUAUGUUUACAGAUGAUAUUCAGUGGACGCGUAUUUUUGGAAACAGUUUCCGUUUAAUAACAUAUAUAGUUACCUAUGAUGUAUUGAAUCUUAUUCCGAUUCUCGUAUCGCCCAUUUGUCCGAUUCACCGACUUAGAGCGCGUUUUAGCCACUAGACAUGAAUUUCAAUAAAAUUCAAACUCGACGUCCAGUUCUUUCUCGUGACGAAAACGAUUACAAUACGAUUACCGUUAACUUUAUUCGCAGAUACCACGGUAUGAAAACGCGCGCAAUACACAUUUAUCGAACCCGUGGCUCAACAAUAUGACGAUAGUUUGUAAAAAUUAAUUUACCAGCCCCUGUCCGCUCGUUAUAAAUAUAUAUCUGUAUAUGUAUUCUGUUCGCAUGUAACAAAACAAUUGAAUCUAGUCAAUGUAUUAUGUAUAUUUUAACACUGUAUAAAUUGUCAUAUACGAGUUUAUUACGGGAAUAAUAAAAAUGUAGUAUAAUAUAUCCACUAAUGUGUACUUGGUUAUUAGUCGCAUCAAUGGAUAUAUUAAAUUACUCGGGAUGAAAAAAAAUAACGAUAUGUGUAUACCCGUUUGUAGUUAUUAUUAUUAUUAUUAUUAUUAUUAUUAUUAUUGUUAUUGAUUGUAACGGCGCAUGGUGCGGAACGUUUUUGGCAUAUCUGUAAGUUAAAAAAAUAUUAUACAUGUGAGUGCAAUAUAAAAAUGUUUAGUUGUAUUACGUUUCAUAUUGUAACGACUCGUACGGGGUCGGAAGGAAUACGCGCGUAUAUUAUUAUAAUGUGCAUAUUUUUAUCAUUCCCCCCUCCCCGCACUCGCCAUUCCAUUGUUAUAGAAAUUAUUAAUACGUAAUCUCCUCGUCCCCGUUGUUGUGUGUUUAUACGAAUGUAUUUUAUGUAACAAUAAGUGUACGGCGAACCGUUUUGUUCGCUACCGCAUUUCGUCGUGCGAUCUUCGUUUUAUUGGUCAACGAGCAACAAUAAUCGCAUACAAUUGUACACGAGUCCGAGCUGUAAAUUACAACAAUAAUAUAUAUUUAUAUAUCGAAAUGGUGUACUUUUAUAAAACGAUUACCCACCCGCGGAACGACUUGUACAAACGCAUUUUUACGUUUUAAGUAUUCAAUAAAUAUUUAUAUAUUUAUGUAUGUAA